GCCCCGGCGCCCCCGGAGCGCAGCCGCGACAGCCCCGGGGCCUCCCUCAGCUCGGGGCCCGCCCGGCAGCCCCACGCCGCGUCCACGCGGGCGACCCCUCGGCUUCCCGCACUUUCUGCACUUUUCCUCCGGGCUCCGGGUGCCGCUGUGUCCCUCUGUGCGCCCCCCGGACUUCCCGAGCGGCCGCCGAGCGCGAGCGGUCCCCAGGACUCCCUCCAUCCCGGGGCUCCCGGUUUCCAUCCCGGGGGCUCCGCGGUCUCCGUCCUGGGGGCUCCGCGGUCUCUAUCCCGGGGCCCCGUUGCGUCUACAUCGGUUUUCCUGACAGCGGUUCCAGCCUCUGCGCCCACCUCCACCCGGGGGAAGCCUCAGGACGCCGGCGGGAAAGCCGAAGCUCACGGAGGCCGCACAGGCCGCCCUGGUUCUGCGCACCUGGGGUCUGGGCUUUUGCUGCAGGAGGAAAGCGUCUGCCGCCGGUGCAGGUGGUGAAGCCCGGGGACUGUGUGCAGAAGCCCGGGGACCACGUGCGGAACCCUGCCAUCCAGGGAGGCCACCUCCACCCGCCAGGCCUCACUCAGCUCCCGCAGCCUCCUGGGCGUCCGCAGUGUCUGACUUGCGCUCUGUCCUCUCCGCCUAGCAUGCUGACCUUGUUGAGGCCGGUGGGCAUCCUGUACCUGUCUUCAGGAUUAUUGGUACUAGCUCAGUUUAGAGGACACUUUUCACCCAGGAUGAAUCAGAUUUUCCUGACUCCCUCCCGCAUGAUAAAUCGUGGUGUGGGUCUGAAAGUAGAAGGCUCGAGCUUCACGCUGGACGGCUCCCCCUUCCUGAUCAUAGCAGGCACCAUCCACUACUUCCGGGUGCCCAGGGAGUACUGGAGGGACCGCCUGCAGAAGCUGAAGGCCUGCGGCUUCAACACGGUCACCACGCAUAUUCCUUGGAACCUUCAUGAGCCAAGAAAAGGCUGGUUUUAUUUUACUGCAAACCUGGAUUUCGUGACCUUCGUAGCCAUGGCUUCGGAGGCAGGGCUGUGGGUUAUCCUGUGUCCCGGCCCCUAUGUUGGCGGUGACCUGGACCUUGGAGGCCUGCCCAGCUGGUUACUCCGGGAUCCAAAAAUGAAGCUGAGAACAACUUACAAGGGCUUCACUAAAGCAGUGAAUCACUAUUUUGAUAAGAUAAUUCCCAUGAUAGUACAACUCCAGUAUGCAAAGGGAGGCCCCAUCAUUGCUGUGCAGGUUGAGAAUGAAUAUGGUUCAUAUCAUCAGGAUAAAAGAUACCUGAAAUAUAUUAAAAAGGCCCUGGUUACGAGAGGGAUUAAGGUGUUGCUUAUGACCGGAGAUGACGGAGAAGCGCUGACCAGAGGCCACUUGACACAGGCACUCUCCACCGUUCACAUGAGACACAUAAAGAAAGAGACUUACGACACGCUCUUCUCACUCCAGGGUCGGAGCCCCAUACUGAUGAUGGUGUACACAGCAAGAUCUUUGGAUGGAUGGGGCACUGCCCCCCAUUCUGCAGAUUCACAUAUGUUAAAGAAAGAGGUACGGGAAAUGUUCAAUGCUAGUUUCUCCCUCAACUUCUAUAUGUUCCAUGGUGGCACCAACUUCGGCUUCAUGGGUGGAUCUGCAUCUUUGGAUAAUUACCUCCCUAUGAUCACGAGCUAUGACUACGGGGCACUGCUGACAGAGAAUGGAGAAUAUACUCCUGAGUACUUCUCGUAUCAAGACUUUUUUAGCUUUUCUUUGGGGAUUCCCAAGCAUCCCCAACCAGAUUCUAUACCUAAGGCUACAUAUAAGUCAGUGAUAACACCAUACUACAUUUCCCUGUGGGAUGUCAUGCCCUACUUGGAGGAGCCCAUCAGCUCUGUCAAGCCGAUCUGCAUGGAAAAGCUGUCCGUGAACCAGGGGAGUGGUCAGUCCUCUGGAUACGUUCUUUAUGAGACUAUGAUCAUCUCUGGUGGCCUCCUUACCACAAAGGGUCAUCUUCAAGACCGAGGUCAGGUGUUUGUGGAUGACAUUUAUAUAGGGAUCCUGGACCAUUCCACUAAUCAUCUGACCAUUCCUACGAAAAUGGUCUACAAGAAUAACCCAACGCUGCGGAUCCUGGUGGAGAAUCAAGGCCGCCUUGCCUAUGGGCAGGACAUCAACAAGGAGAGAAAAGGUUUAAUUGGCGAUAUCUAUCUGAACAAUUCUCCUUUAAGAAAAUUUAAAAUCUACAGCCUGGAUAUGAAAACUAAAUUUCUACGAAGGGACCUUCCUAACAUCUGGAAACCAGUCGUAUUCAAACAUCAGGGCCCUGCCUUCUUCCUUGGUAUCCUGAGAAUGGGUAAUUACCCCAGAGACACUUUCAUAAAAAUGGAGGGCUGGACAAAAGGUGUAAUAUUCAUCAAUGGACAAAAUCUGGGACGCUACUGGAAUAUAGGUCCCCAGGAGACCCUCUACCUUCCAGGACCCUGGCUUCGUCCUGGAUCAAAUGAAAUUAUUGUGUUUGAGGAAUUUAAGCCCGGCCUGCAGAUCCACUUCACAAAUAUGUCUCAUCUAGGUAUGGUUCCCUGGAGGGCAAAUUGCAGCAUAUGAGACCAUCCUUCUGGGUCUUCCUAGCUGAACUGGAGAUAAAGAAGAUAGAACGUACUGUCUCCCGGUAACCUGAGCCCACCUCCACUGCCUUUACAUGGUGGCCAGGUUUUCUCGUAUACCCGACACAGCCCUACUCAUCACCUCCCAUUUCCAAAUGACUCAACUAGCUCAUUCCUCCAACAGACUAGCUCAACUCCCUGGGCCUCCCUUCCUUCCAGACAUUUCCACUGUGCUUUCUGGAUCCCUCCCUCAUUGUAAACCAAGGUCCCAGCAUUUCCCACUUCUUGCCUUUUCUGAAACCCGUUUCCUGCUGCCUGACAUGUGCUGUCAUGUCUGAUGAUUCCAAGGCACUUUUUCAAGUACUGUUCCUCAGUUGCCAAAGGGAGGGAACACACGGCCCAGUUGGCACAGGUGAGAAGGUUGCAGACUCUCUGCCCCUCAUGGAUACCUGGUGUCUGUACCCAGCACCCCCCACCCCCCGAUCCUUAUGUUGGGAGCAGGAUCCAGAUGUCCCUUAGGAGAAUCACUCACGUUCCCUUCAUUAGAGUCUUGGUGGGACUGAUAAUCACGUUGCCCUUUCUCCCCACCUGCAGCUGUCCCUCCGUGCCGGGGAUGGCAUGUGAUGCACAGUAGGCCGAUCAGACUUUCUUUUCCAGGAUAUUAGGGCAGCCCCGGUGGCGCAGCGGUUUGGCGCCGCCUACAGCCCAGGGCGUGAUCCUGGAGACGCAGGAUCCCACGUCGGGCUCCCUCUGCCUGUGUCUCUGCCUGUGUCUCUGCCUGUCUCUUUUCCAGGAUAUUGACUCUUGAGUGGUGUGACAUAACGUAGGAAAUGGAUUGCGAUGAGUCACUUCAACGGUGGGGCUGUGAGCAACCCACCCAUCCUGACACCUCCAUUGCUGCGACUACCUUGGCUUCUCCACUCUCCCAAUCCCUGCUUUGGGCUGACCACCCACUUCCUAAGUUGCCAGUAUAUUCCUCUUUGGGCCUGGGUCAGCUAACUUUUUCUGAUGCUCCUAAUGAAAUCAGCCUACUCCGUGCAUGCCCUUUGUCCUGUUGCUACAAUAAAGGCUGUUUGACCACCAAAUAAAAUGCUGAAAAACUGAGAUACUCAGAAUACUUGACCCCACGAGUGUAAAGUGAUCUUUCAAAGAUAUCAAAUAAAAGGUAAAUGUUAAUGCAGUUCA